UGGAACACAGCCAUGAUUGGUCGAUGUGCCAAAUGAUGUCAUUAAACGGGAGCGAUUCAACUAAUCAAAAACGCUAUAUUAUAAUAGAUUACUAACAUAUAAACCAAUAAACGUUACGCUGACGGAUUUAAAUAUCAGAAGUAUGUUUGGAAUGUAAUAGCCGGUAAAGGCAAACACAAGCCGAAAGCAUUUGAUAGCAUUCGAGUCAAGAAAGCGUGGUAAUGAGGUGAUAUUGACAUCUUAAUACGUAAACGCAUUAGGUAAAUAAAUUUUUACAUGACAUCUUGUAAUAGGGCAAGAGUAACAAACAUAAAUUAUCGUUGAUUUCUUUAUUUAUUCGACAAUUUAGUGAAUUGAGCUUUAUUUUGACAAGUGAGGAUUAUUGAAUUUGUCGAUCCAAACAAAGUUGCCAAAUCAGCAUAAGCUCCGUUUUUAUAAAUCAGUGUAAAGUGUUUUGGAAAUCUUCGAAUAAUGUCGGAUCUUCCAGCAAAUAGAAGUUCUAGUUUUGAUAAUAUUAGCAGUAGAAUAUUAAAACAUAAUGUCACACUGCCAAAAUCUCAGCCAGUACAUCUCAAGGCACUCAUGCUUGAAAGUGAUGAGGAUGAUGAUGAUAAUGAUGAUGAUGAUGAUGAUAAUAAUAAAAUUGAGAAGAAAGCUUGUAAAUCUGAAAGUGAAUUAGAUUUUGAUAAAUCACAAUUUAUGCCACAAAAUGAUUGUUCUAAAGAUAUACUGGAAACAUCAUCUCAGAAAAAAAAAGACACAAACUCUAUGUCUUAUUUAGAAGAAGGAUGCUCAAAAACUAAUCCUAUGCAAAAAGAAGGUAGUACAUAUAGUAAGAAAGAAAGUAAACUUGGAUUUGUAAGUUCUGAAAGUAAUGUAUUAAUCAGUAACACAAAUAAAGAAGAUUCUCACAGCUGCAAGUUUGAAAAGAUACAGGAAAGACACAGUGAUAUGUGUGCUAUAAAAAGUCCUGAAGUUGAUAGUUUAGAAAGGCUCAAAGUUGAUACUGUUUGUGAUGAUUUGACAGAUGUAAUGUUACAAUCUAGUUUACCUUCGUCAUCUGUCUUAUAUACAGCUCACAAAUCUUAUUGUAACACACAUUUUGGUACGUACAAAAAUAUGCAAUCUAUCUCCAUGCAUCAUAUGGAAGACAUAUUAAAUAAAAAAAAAGAAGAACAUAUAUAUAGUACAUCAAUAGAGAAUAAGAUGCUAUCACAAAACAGUGACGAAUUAAAUUUAAGCAAAGGGGAUCAACAGUAUAAGGCACAUGGUUUUAUAGAGCAAUCAAGUAAGAGUUAUAAAGAUGAACUUCACAAGGUUCCAAAUACUGUGCUGGAAUCAGGCUCUUGUGUACCUCAAACAUCUGCAAGUAUGAUGCAUUUUACACGAUAUAAUUCACAAUAUAGCAGCGCAAAUGAAACAAACGAGAAAUAUACACCAGCAAAAAGUGCAUGUACACCCUCAUUGAGUGAAAUGGGGAAAUCGUUAACUGCGAUGAAUCGUUUAAUGGCAGAAACUCCUUUGAAGUCUCUACAUGGCUCAAUGCAUCCAAAUCCAUCUAUGUCGCACAAGCAACUGUUCCAAACUCCGCAGAGCAAAUUGUCAAGUGAACCGAGCAAGAGUAACGUUCAAACUCCUUCCACGAUAUUUUCUACUUGGUGUCAUAAUACUAUGAGACAAACACCUAUCGAAGGAAAAAGUUUUACAACGAAAGAUCAUGUGCAAACGUUAAGGAAUAUAGUCUGUACACCUAUUAUAGAGAAACCAGAACCUAUGAGACAUUUGAAGAACGUGAGACAACCUUUAGCUGAUACUAUGACACACGGUGAUUCCUCGACUCAUUUUUUAGAAUCUAAGUCUUACGUAUCGCACACAGGUAUCGAAGCGAAAAGUCUUAAACCUGAACCGUAUCAAGAAGACAGAACUAUAAGAGUAGUAAAUUCUAUUAAAAAAUUAAUGAAAACAGAAACAAAUUACAAUAAAGAUCUGAAACCGGCAAAACUAAUAGAAGAAACAAAAGAGAAUGAGCAGCCUGAUGUUCCGGAUACAUUGCCAGAAAACAAUAGGAAAACUACGCAAGAUAAAAGUUGUAAAAGUAAACAAGUAAUGAGUGGUUUUGACAUAGGUGUACAAGCAAUACAGGAUUCCUCGAAAAACAAUACGGAUAAUAACGUCGUUCACGAGAAACAGCACGAAAAAUUGCGGCAAGUCGUAGACCAAGUGGCGAACGUGCAAUUCAGCGUACCAUCGAGUAUUCCUCAACAAUGGCAGGAAAAAAAUUUGUUUGUGAAGAACAGAGAGUACAUGAUUCUAGGCUGUCUUGGUCGAGGAAUGUGCGGUGAGGUUCUGCGGGUGCAAGACUUAUCCUGCGGCGAGUUGCGCGCAAUCAAGUGUGUGGACUUGAGUAAAAUGGACAAGGACACGUCCCAGGGUUGCUUGGACGAGAUCUCUAUGCUGCGUAAGUUACAGGCGUCCUGCAUUGUCAAAAUGUUCGACUAUGAAAUCAAAGGAUGUAUGGUAUAUGUAGUGAUGGAAAUGGGUGAUACUGAUCUUAGUCGAUUCCUAAAAUCAAUGUCGGAUGAAAAGCAACUUUCUCUCACAAUGAUUCUAUAUUAUUGGACCGAAAUGCUCACAGCUGUAAAAUAUAUACACGAGAAUGGUGUUAUACAUUCUGAUUUGAAACCAGGAAAUUUUUUAUUGGUACGCGGCAGACUAAAGCUGAUAGAUUUCGGAAUUGCUUCCAGUAUAAAUUCAGAUAUGACAUCCGUUGUAAAAGAUAAUCCAAUUGGAACGUUAAAUUACAUCAGUCCAGAAGCUUUGAUGGACACCGGCGGAAACCCGAAUUCGCCGACUCAUAAUGUCAAAUACAAGAUAAGUUUCAAGUCAGAUGUAUGGUCGUUGGGCUGUAUUCUGUACAGUCUAGUGUACGGAUAUACACCUUUUCAUCAUAUACGUUCUCACUGGGCAAAAGUGAACGCUAUAACUAAUCCGAAACCGAACAUCACUUUUCCGGCCACGACGUAUAGUUCCGCAAAUUCCGAGCGCGUACCGCCUCUUUUGAUUGAUGUAAUAAGAAAAUGUCUUCAACAUAAUCCGAAAGCCAGACCCACGGUAGCUGAAUUGCUGCAAAUCCAGUAUGUACCUACUACACAGAAUAUCACGCCACUUAGUCCGAAUAUUCCAGGAAACAUUCUCGUGAAGAUAAAAACUGCUUUGACCAACGAAGAAUGGCAACAGUUUAUUCAGUCAUUGGAUACAAAGCAACGUCAGACAUGAUAUUACCGGAAAAAUAGUUUAUCGAUUUAAUGAUGUACAUAAAAGUAUUUACACAC